GGAUGGGGUCCACAGUGGAAUUGUACUGUUUUAAUGGAGAAUGAUGUACAUGGGGGAUGAUGGAGGUUAGGAGCAUAAUGAGUGUUUCUUAAAAGAAAUGAAAGAGGUUUAGUUGGCACUGAGAAAAAUGAGUGUGUAACAGCAAAGAGAGGUCUGUUAGAAUAGUUGGCAAAUGUGUCAGUAAAAAAUAAAAAUAAAGUAUGUCAAAGAAGCAAGCAAGGUAGCAAGCUUGGCCUUGAAGAGAAGAACCUCUCCAAUCUACUCUGAAAGUUUAUUUCUUUAAAAAAAAAAAACACAAUAGAGUUAUACUAUAUUAUUAUUCAGUCAAAAAGAGAGAGAAAGUUAGAGAAAUUGAAACAGUAAAGUGUGGGAGGAAAAAAGAUUAGGUUCUGUAAUAAUUUUUCGAACAAGGGCAGUUGGCGCAGUAGUUAGUCUGUCUUUUAAAAUCAUACAUGUCACCUGUUAACUUGAGCAGGUAAGCAAGGUCUCAAUCUUUGAGUUUUUUAUUUUAAUUUUUUAGGUUUUUCUCUCUCUAGCUAGGCUUGGGGUGAGUUGAGUAUGGUCUGUGAUCUAUAAAAGUUUGAACUUGAUGGUUUCUUUGUUGUUUUUGCAAGUACCCAAUUUGAUGAAAUUGAGUUUUCUUAGCCGAAUUUUAGCUAAGCAUUUGAUGCUCUUGAAGGUACAAUAAAAGACCAAUUAGGGGGACUGUUCUAAACAACCUGCCCAUUUCAGUUCUUACACAAUUCAAGUAUAAUUUGAUGCCUCUUGGUCUUUAUUGGGUACCCAUUUGAGAAUAUCUUGAAAGGGUUUUUGCCAUACCCCUUUUUCUUGGUUUUGGUUCUGGAACAUCUAUUACUAACAAACAACUUGUUGCAACCCCCUUGAGACUUAUUCCUACGGAAUUAAACACCCUUUGUUUUCUUCGUAAAUCUAUGUAGUAAUCUUCAAUUGUGUCCUUGUUGUGGAGAUUCAAACGUUUACGUCAAUCAUAUUGAUGUAUUUGAUCGAUUAGAAGGUAUGAAAAUUUAGUUCUUCUCCUCUAAACAAAAAGGAAAAAGGGUAUCUGCUUUCUUUUCGCUACUCGGCUGAGCUGUUACUUAGCUAAUGUCUUUGUUUGCCUAUGUCUACUUUAUGCUCUGAAAGGUUCACUUUCUUGUCUGUGGGAAGCAUUUAUUUUUCUUCUUUCUUCCUUCUAUGCAGUUGAGUAGUUUGAUCCUAUGGUUUCUGAAUGAAAUAAGUUAUUUGUCAUUUCACUUUGUGUCUAUAGGGUACUACAGUUGAAGGGCUUCUUUUACUUUUACACCCCAUCAGUUUAAUAAAGCUGUCAAGGUUACUUGCCCCUUAUUGAUUCCUGCAAGUUAUCAACUUUAGUCAAAACUCACUUUUCCUUUUGUUUCGUAUAUAGUUUUAUCUUCUGUUUGUCUGGGUUUUCUCCUUUGUAUAGUGCAACUCCGUUGAUUUUGGGAGAGUUUUUAUUCUCAGAACUUUUGAGUUGAAGAGAUGAGCGGUCAGGAGAACGAGGAUGUGGGGUUUCAACAUAGAAGUCACUUUCUUAAUUGUCCAUCUUCAGGGAUGAGCACAAACGCCCUUCCUGAAAAGGUUUCAGGAAUACCAAUGAGCUCCCUGACUAUGUUUAAACCUUCCAAUGGACAAGAACAUUUCUUUCCUUCUGGUUGGGAUCCACUUGUUUCAUUGAGUCAGAGUGAGAAUUUUGGAGGUUCUUCAGUGAUUUCUCAUGGGGAAUUUUGCAAUCCCUCAUACCCUGUUGCGUUGGAAAAUCAGGGGAUGAGUAGCAACUCCCAGCUAGUUCAAUAUCCAUCCGAUUCGAGUUUCGUUGAGAUGGUGCCAAAGCUUUCGUGCUUUGACAAUGCGGGGUUCUCAGAAAUGGUUGGUUCUUUUGGCUUGCCUCAGUGUGCUGAGAUUGCUAGUAAUACUAAUGGGUGUCCUCAAAAUUACACACUAAACAAAGAGAAAGGCAGUGAGAGGACAUCAAGAAUUGGGACACAAUCUCAAGAUGGUUGCCAGAUUUCAGAUGGUGCCAUAGGAUCCUCACCUACUGGAAAAAGAAGAAAACGUGUUCCCGAUUUAUGCUUUCCCCUCAGUCCGGAGAAGAAUGCUGAAGGGGAACAACAAAUGGAUCUGUCUGGAGAUAAUUCCAAUGUUCGAAAGGAGCCGGAUGAGAAGAAACUGAAAACUGAAGAAUUUACUAGCGGAAAUAUGCGUAGUAAGCCAGCAGCAGCAGCAGGUAAACAAGCUAAGGAGAGUUCUAACAGUGGAGAUACUCAAAAGGAUAAUUACAUUCAUGUGAGAGCCCGGAGGGGUCAGGCUACCAAUAGUCAUAGCCUUGCAGAAAGGGUGAGAAGAGAAAAAAUUAGUGAGCGGAUGAGAUUGCUUCAAGAACUUGUUCCAGGAUGCAAUAAGAUUACGGGAAAGGCGGUAAUGCUUGAUGAGAUCAUCAACUAUGUACAGUCGCUGCAGCAGCAGGUCGAGUUUUUGUCAAUGAAACUAGCGACUGUGAAUCCAGAACUGAACAUUGAUAUAGAGCGGCUUCUAUCCAAAGAUGCAAGCCAGAUUCUCAACUCGCGAGGCAGCAACGCAGCUAUUUUUGGACUAGGCCCCGGAAUGGGCUCUUCUUCUCAACAUUAUCCGCAUGGAAUCUUUCAGGCAAACCUUCCAAGUAUGCCGAGUUCAGCUCAGCAAUUUGCUUCUUUGCCUCAGGCAGUUCUAGAUAAUGAACUUCAAGGUCUUUUCCAUAUGGGAUAUGAUUCUACUGCUUCUAUUGACAAUUUGGGACCAAAUGGGCGCUUGAAACCAGAGCUAUAGUUAUGGAUGAGAUUAGAACUUUCCAGUUGACUGAUUUGACUCAAUCAGGAGGGGGGAAAAACACACAAGAAAAAAGAAAAAAGUUCAGUUGUAUAGGAUCUAGCAGUUCCUAACUAGUUCUUCGAAUUUUUAGCAGAAGAAGAUGACAUUUGAAAAAGUUAAGAAUCUUGUAUAUUUUUGAGACAGCAUUUGAUUGGUGAGCAUGAUUUGUUUUUCUUAUUAAUUGUGUUGUAGGGUUGUCCGUGUAUUGAAGCUUUGUGAGGGUUUUGGGAAAUGAUUUUGUAGAGUGCAUCAAAUUCAAGCAAGAAUAGAUGGACAAAUAGUUUGUUUUGUUUC